AUGUGUUUGAAUGGUAUUGAAGCCCACCACCCUCAUGUGGCAAGCAUUUGUGUUUGCCACGAAGGCUGGGUGGGUCGCCACUGCGACCGUAGGUCCAUGGCCUACACCACCACCGCUCUCCCUGCUACGGCAGGCUUCCCUUUGGGCUGGGUGCUCGCACCCAUUUUUUUAAUCCUUGCCUUCGUGGCUAUUUUUUUAAUUGUCUGUUGGAGGCGCAGAAGAAGCGGCCGUUUUAGCCGAUUAGUAGAAGUUGAAUUGAUUAAUUUGUAA